AAGGUGCGUGUGGUGUUCUGGGUAAUAUUCAAGAUGGCGGGAGAUUUGAGAGAGUACUCUCUAAAUAUUUACACAGAAAUCAUGGGCUUUGCUGAGGAAAUCGAUAAAAAGGCUUCAAAAGAACCAAACCAAUGACUGUUUCAUAAAAAACAACUAUCUUUUUUUGACAAAAUGUCUUGGGAAAAGUUCAGCGAAUUCAAGAGCUUUGCGAAAAGCCAAGCUGGCUCCUCUAGAAAAAGACAAAAGCAAGGAGCACAGCAGUCUGGUAUCAAAAGGAGGAAAACUAGCAAUGAUCACAGAACAGCUCCGCACAACAUCUACGAGACAAGCAUUGAUACCUUUUCAUCAGAAGAAGAAGGAAGUGCUGAAAUAAAUGCAAUGGAACAAAAUAAAGAAAGAUCGUGUGCACUUUCUGACCAAGGGGCUCUAGGAACAAGGCACUGCUUGGAAAUACAAACUUCGAGGAGUCGUUGGGACGAAAACGCUGAAAUGUUUGCUGUCAUUGCAACAAAAAAGAACGCAAGCUGUGAUACGCAUAAAUCAAAGGAUGAUGGUUUCCAGCUACUGGUAGAUAUUGCAAGUUAUGACUCAGACAACAACAAUACACCACUUUCUGCCGGCAGCCCUUCGGCUCCAAUUAUCAAGAAGAAUACAGCUAUCCCUGUAGAGGAUAAGGCAGGAAUUGAUGAGUUUGACUCUGAUAGCGAGGAAUCUAGAGUACAAUCACAUGGUGAUAAGACUUCAUCUGAGGAAUUUAUUCUCAGCACCCCUCAUUACUCCCCUACGCCUCCCUCUAAGAAUAUGGAAGCUGGCCCAAGCACACCACGUACAGGAAGUGAAUGGCUUAAACAUGUACAGCCCCUCACCUCCCCCCUAAGUCAGAGUGUCGUCCUGUCUCCUGAUGGAAAAGGUCUUCUUGAUUCUGCCAAGAAAUCCAAAAAGAAGUUCAUAAGGUCGGGGUUAGCUGAACGCCUUCAGCGGAUCAUCAACAGAGAAAAGUCAGAUAGGACAUUUUGGCAACACAAGCUUUCUGAUCAGAAAAUGGGAGCACAAGCUCCAGUCAAGCCAGCAGAUACCCUUGCCGCGCAGGUCCUAUCGCAUGCGAAGCAGUACUCCCUACACCUGACAAGAUGCUGUAUUCUGAGUGAAGAUGGAAGCUCAUGUCUGCAGCCCACUCAGCUUGUGGAUGUCGUCUUUAAUUCUGAGACAUUUCAGCAGCUCCGGCUUGGGCUCGGUGUUGUUGUCAGGAUCCACCCUCCAUGGCAGAGGCUCGAGGUUCAAGAGUCCCCAUAUCCUAUCCUGCUUUGCACCUACCGAUGUGAGCGCAUUCAUAAUGUGUCACCUUUAAUGGCUGAUCUAACAUUAUUACCAGAAGCUCAGUUGCCUUGCUUACCACAUGGCACUUCAAGCCCCUCAUCACACAAGGAGUUUCAGCCAGCAAAACUCUUAUUUGGGCAAGAAGAUUGCAACCCUGAUAAAGAGGAUGGAGCAACCGUGACCCCCCGGGUCCGUGGCGAAGAGAGGCCGCUAAGCAUCAUGGAAGGGAUUGAGUUGCGAGGGGGCUGCAGUGGGGGCUUCAUCAGUUUCGAGGCUGUGGUUCAGAGAGUGUACAGAAAGCGUGUCCGAAUCGCGCGAAACAAGUUACCUGUCAGUCCUGGUCAAGCAUCUCUUAGAAAGAGUCUGAUAACAUGUGCACGAAGUGGCGAAGACAGAGAAGAAAUCAGGCCCGUCCUCCUUGUUCAGGAUCAUAAAGGGACGUUUUGUGAGAUUCAGCUUUCUUCAGACUGGUCAGAGCUGAAGAACAAUGACUGGUCUGGUGUUCUGGCAAGCGAGGGAAAACUGUUCAAAUUCUCUGACCUUAAAAUAUUACAAAGAAUAAAUCGUGCAAGAUCACCUGGUCUGUUUUCCUUGAUUGACUCUCUGUGGAAAGACGAGGACGGGAGGCGGACGGGGGAAUGGGACAGCCUGCCUCUGAGCUCGGAGGAUAACCCUUCUGGUAAACUUCCCUUGCCUCCACCGUGCUGUUGCUAUGUGCUAGCCGUACAGGCCUGCAGUCGGACGGUCAGCAGUUCUUUUGGUGACGAAGGCAGCAUGUAUAAGCCCCCGUUGCUAAGCAACCUCUCGGGCCUUCCCCCUAAGGAUGCAACCGACGCUCGUGUGUCUACCUGGUGCCGAGUCCUGUGCAUGAGGCGCUCACAGCGCGGUGAGACCCAGUCGAGUUGGACCGGUGCCAAGCUUACCGUCACUGACGCUUCUCUGCACCGCGCUGUCUGUCGGGAGUCACGUGAGAGAUACGUCACUGUGGAUCUGCGCCAUUCAUGUGCUUUGUUGAAGACUGUACGGGAAGCGGCGGGCAAAAUGGGAACUCUGCUUUUCUUGAAAGAUCUCGUCGUUGCUGUUGAGAAAGGUGAAACAAGUAUCUACGCUGAUAGCUUCUCUGAUGUCAAGAAGGCUUCUCCAGGAGCUGACGUUAAUAUGGCCGACUCGGUACCACUCCCCCCUGACGUUUACAAGGACCUGAUGUCUAUACCACUCAUGGACUCCAUCCCGCCUUUAUCGCAAGCGUCUUCUGUAGGGUCGCUCUGCCGAGUUGAAGGUAUUGUUCUCGGGGUUGACGAGGAGACCGCGUGCUGCUGGCUUGAGUGUGCAGACUGUGGGUCAGCGGAUUUGGUGGAAAGAACAGGGCUGCCAUAUUAUUGCGCCGAGUGUCAAAUCAACGUGCAGUCACCGCUGACCAAAACGAACCUUGAGGUCUACUUGGAGUGCGAGCCCUUGCGUGAAUCGCGCGUGCGCAUCAAGCUUCUUCAGACCACUGUCGCGAAACUCCUUCCUGUCUCUUACCAGGAUAGCGAGCAGGGGUACGAUAUCGAACGUGUCCUGGGAAAGCGACUGGGGCCACUGUACUGCAAUGUCGAACAUACCGCGGGCCCAAACACGACUUUACAGGAGGUUCAUAUGGAUAUUUAGAAAACGUUCGACAUAAAAAUUUGUAAAAAUACAAAAUAAACAUUUGCUUACUGCGA